CAUGUACGAAUGAGAAGAAAGCGAAGGUAGAGGAUUGGAACAGCAUCGAGCGAAACGGAGCGUCUGCGAGAAGUGGGGGAGUUACACUUGCGAGGAAAAGCUCGCGUACGCUCGUUAGCGCGCGGAGCGGAGCGGCACGGCGCGACGCGACUCCAGUAGUAACCGAACCGCCACGACAAGACGGGAACGCAGCGGCGGCGUCCCUCCGCGCUUCUUCAUUCCUUUGUCGCCGUCGUUGCUUCGUCCACCGACCCUCACAGACGAUAUUCGAUGGUCGCUCAGACUUGAAGGAAUUUCGCAGAGUGGCUGGGCUGAGAAACACAGAUUAUUUUUUGAUUCCGAAGACUUGGAUAGUGAAAUUAAAUGAAGAAAGUGUUUGAUUUGGUGGAUAUUGAAGUUGGAUGAGAAAUUCUUUUAUAACAUAGAAGAACUGCAGUUCUGGCACAAAUUCAACUACUUGACUGUCAAAGUUCGACAAAUUAUCCGCCACCCUGUAUAAAGCUAACGCGGCGUAGAGUAUUCUAUGGGUCCUGGUUCCAGGAUACCUAACCACAACUCGAACGUUAGAGGAACAGUUCGUGAAUCUCUGAAGCAGAAGUGAAAGUACCGAGUGUCCAAACGCUACUGCUAGACGGAAGACGCGUUUAUCUGGACGACCAGCAGCACGUGUUAGCGUGAAACAGUGCGAAGAACACCUUCGAUGUGAACAGGUUCGAUCACACGUGGGUACAGCAAAAUGAGGUUGGCGUUAAGUGUCGUUUGUACGUUCCUGUUGAUCCUGCCAUCAUCGUAUGCUGACCAAUGGCAAAAUAGCAGGAACGCGGAAUGUCCUCACAAGUGCAUGUGCUUCGGAAACACUGUGAGAUGCAUGUUUCAGAAGCUGAACCGUAUACCACGGGUACCAACCAACACAACGGUUCUCGAUCUACGAUUCAACAACAUAGCCGAACUGCGACCAGGUUCCUUCCAUGGUUUACCAGAAUUACACACUCUUUUGUUAAAUGAUAACCGCAUUAGACACCUUUUACCACGGACGUUUGAAGGUGCAACGAACCUGAGGAUCCUUUAUUUAUACAAGAAUCGUUUAGAACGUAUUUUGCCAGGAGCAUUCUCUGGAUUACCAAAAUUAGAGCAAUUAUACUUACACUACAACCAUCUCAGAGAAAUUAAGAAAGGCACUUUCAAUGAUUUACCGUCAUUGGAGAGACUCUUCUUGCAUAGCAACAUGCUGCAUCAUCUGCCGGCAGACGCUUUUCGCAAUGUGGGACCCAUGACGCGUCUUCGUCUGGACAGUAAUGCUCUCGUUUGCGAUUGCAAUUUGGCUUGGCUAGUGCAGAGGCUUCAAAGCAGGCCGUCUGAGAUGGCAGCCAUUUGCCAGUCGCCCGAUGAGAUGAAGGGAAGAUCAUUGACAACUAUGUCGAUGAACGAUUUUCAUUGCAUUGAACCACGCAUAAUGAAUGGGCCUCAGGAUGUGGAAGUUAAACUAGGAGGGACCAUUAGCUUUACUUGCGAGGUAAUAGGUGACCCUGUACCGGAAAUCAAAUGGAUGCGAGAUUCCAACGAAGUAUCCGCCGAUGGAAACCGUUACGUAAUACAAGACGAUGGAACAUUAGUAAUAUCAGAUAUAACAGAACAAGAUACUGGUGAAUACGAAUGCAUUGCUAAAAGCGAAAUGGGCUACACAAGAUCGAGAAAGGCCAGAGCAAUAAUCACAGUGCCAUCCUCAUUACGAUUCACCGAAUUACCUGAGUCUCAGAUUGUACAAGUUGGUACAGACGUAUCAUUCACUUGCAGAGUAAAGAGUUAUCCUCCUCCAAGUAUUCAAUGGUGGAGAAACGGUCAAUUACUAAAUGUGGGUGGUCGUAUUGCUACUGAAAAUGAUGGAAGUGUGUUGAAGGUCUUUGCCGUGAAGGAGACAGAUUCAGCCAGAUAUGUUUGCCAAGCAAGAAACUCAAAUGGAUACGCUGAAACGAGUGCAGAUUUGAAGGUAGUAGAUGAGUCCCAGUUUAACAAUGCUCCUAGGCUUAUAUAUGAGCCUCACGAUAUGGAGGCCGAAAUUGGGGCUAUUAUAGAGGUACCCUGCAGGGUAGAAGGUGUCCCAAAACCGGUGAUACAGUGGAAAAAGGAUGGAACCGCUGUGGAGGGAUCCAGAUUUCGAAUAUCACGUGGAGGAAGCCUUUAUGUUUAUAAUGUUACCGCUGCAGAUGCCGGAAGGUAUGAGUGUUCCGCCGUGAACCAAUAUGGCCGAGCAACCGCUCAGGCACUGGUACGUGUUCGCCAGCCCGGAGCAACAGAUGUUCUGCUAAUAAGAGCCUUCAAGGAUGCUACGGAGGAAAUCGAUCGAGCCAUAAAUAACACGUUGAUAGAUCUCUUUAGUGGUGAUAGAUCGAAUCGGGCAAGUCCAUUUCGACUUUCACGAUUUCCAGACGCUGUUGGCCGUGCUGCUGCCAGACCAGCUGAAAUUUUCGACAGAACACUUGUCAAUAUACGAAGAAUGGUAAAUUCAGGUCUGAGUGCGAAUACCAGUUCUGAAUUUCGAUAUGAAGAAAUACUUACGGCAGAACAGGUCAGAGAGAUCGAAAGAUUAUCCGGAUGUACUGGUCACAGACGUCGGCAAAACUGCACAAAUAUGUGCUAUCACAAUAAAUAUCGUAGUAUAGAUGGCAGCUGCAACAAUCUACGCCACCCCACUUGGGGUUCUUCUUAUACUGGUUUCCGUAGAGUUUUACAACCAAUUUAUGAGAAUGGAUUUUCAGCACCAGUGGGUUGGGACAGAAGUCGCCGUUACUAUGGAUAUCCAAAACCUUCAGCGCGUUUAAUCUCCACAACUCUAAUAACCACUCAUAACGUAACUUCAGACGAUGGAAUCACACAUAUGGUGAUGCAAUGGGGUCAAUUUUUGGAUCACGAUUUAAGUCAUGCACUCCCAUCAGUUUCUAGUGAAUCCUGGGAUGGUAUAGACUGUAAAAAGUCUUGCGAUAAUGCUGCACCCUGCUUUCCCAUGGACGUUCCACCUGGUGAUCCUAGAGUUAACAACAGAAGAUGCAUCGAUUUCAUUAGAACAAGUGCAGUUUGCGGAUCUGGUGCAACCAGUUUAUUAUGGGGCAGCUUUACUCCUCGGGAACAAUUAAAUCAAUUAACUAGUUACAUGGAUGCGUCUCAAGUGUAUGGCUACGACGACGCCCUAGCCAGAGAUCUACGUGAUUUCUCUACGGAUCACGGACUGUUACGAGAAGGGCCUACAAUUCCUGGUCAUAAACCUCUUCUUCCAUAUGCCGCAGGGCAAUUUGUUGAUUGUAGGAGAAAUCCUUUAGAAAGUGCCAUAAACUGUUUCGUAACUGGAGACAUCAGAGCUAACGAACAAGUGGGUCUUUUAGCGAUGCACACAAUAUGGCUGCGCGAACAUAAUCGCAUAGCUCGUUCUUUGCGUGAUAUGAAUCCUCAAUGGAACGGGGAAAAAUUAUACCAGGAGGCCAGGAAAAUCGUUGCGGCUCAAAUGCAACAUAUCACUUAUCAACACUGGAUACCCCACGUAUUUGGUGGUACUGUCGAAGAACUAUUAGGUUCGUAUCGAGGUUAUGAUCCUAAUCUCGAUGCUAGUAUUUCUAAUGUUUUUGCCACUGCAGCUUUAAGAUUUGGUCACACUUUAAUUCAACCUCGAUUAGAGCGUUUUAACGAAUCUUUCCAAUCGAUUCCUCAAGGUCCUCUUAAACUCAGAGACGCUUUCUUUGCGCCGUGGAGAUUGGUUGAAGAAGGUGGCGUGGAUCCUUUAGUUAGAGGAAUGUUUGCUACAGCCGCGAAAUUAAAAUUACCUGAAGAAAAUUUAAAUAGCGAAUUGACAGAGCAAUUAUUUUAUACUGCUCAUGCAGUAGCUUUAGAUUUAGCUGCCAUGAAUAUUCAGCGUGGUAGAGAUCACGCUCUUCCAGGUUACUUAGAAUGGCGACGAUUCUGCAAUAUGUCUCACGUUGAGACAUUCGAGGAUUUAGCUGGUGAAAUUCGUAGCGCUAAGGUUAGACAAAAGUUAAGAGAAUUGUACGGUCAUCCUGGAAAUAUGGAUGUUUGGGUUGGUGGGGUAUUGGAGGACCAACUUCCUAAUGCCAAAGUAGGGCCACUUUUUAAAUGUCUUUUAUUAGAGCAAUUUAGACGCACUAGAAAUGGCGACAGAUUUUGGUAUGAGAAUCUAUCUGUUUUUAAAUCGGAACAACUUUCUCAAAUAAAACAGACAAGCUUAGCUAGGAUUCUAUGCGACAAUGGCGAUAAUAUCGAUAGAAUUCAACCAAAUGUGUUCUUGCUUCCAGAAGAUGAUAAUAAAUUCGUAACCUGUGAUGAAAUUCCAUAUGUGGAUUUAAGGGUUUGGUCUGAUUGUUGCGAUGGAUGCGAAGAUCAUAGUAACGCAAUUUCAAGAUUCAGACGUAGCGCCGCCAAAUAUUUACCACCAGAAAAUAAUUUUAUUUUGAAAGACACAAGUACACAUAAUUAUAAUGAAAAAAUUGAAUAUUUAGAGAAGACAAUUGAGGAAACUGAACAGGAGUCCAAGAAGGUUAGGCACCUUGCAGAAUCCUUGUCUCAUAAAGUAGAAGAAUUAAGAUCACUUCUACAGGAUAUCAAGAAGUCAAAAUAAGACAACAGACAAUGUGCCAUUAUUCCGACAUAUCCGAUUUCAUUAUUUUAGAUUUGCUUCCUCUUCAAAAUUUAUUAAUGCACAUUAUUAUUGUACAUACAAAAAGUGUAGAUGCUGCUCGAUUUAAGAAGAUUAGCUUAUAAAUGUUCCAU